GCAGCCGCCCGGGGAUGGCGGCGGAGAUGGCGCCGCGGGUGCUGCCGCUGCCCAGGCAGCAGAGCUUCGGCCCGCCCACCGUCCCCAACCCUUUCGUGCACCCGGGGCGCCUCGGCGCCGGAGACAAGCUGCGGAGUGUUCUGCAGGGGAUUAUUUUGCUGCCCCUCCGUGCCACAUGCCUCACAUUCAUUUUACUGCUAGCCUGGCUGUUUGCAUCAAUUGCAACUUUCUGUCAGCGUGGAAGAGGAUCUGUACCACUGAAAGGAUGGAGAAGGAGGAUGAUCCGGACAACCCUCUCAGGCCUAACUCGAACCGCGUUCUUCGUAAUGGGUUUCCAGGUUAAAGUAAAAGGGAAAGUAGCGAGUCUCCCAGAAGCCCCAAUCAUUGUUGUAGCUCCUCAUUCAAGCUUUUUUGAUGCCAUUGUUUGUGCCCUAACUGGAAUGCCAUCCAUUGUGUCUAGAGCAGAGAACCUGUCCACUCCGGUAUUUGGCACAAUUUUGAGUUCCCUUCAGCCUGUAGCAGUCUCUCGUCAGGACCCUGAUUCCCGGAAGAACACGGUCGCUGAGAUAACUAAACGGGCAUUAUCCAGAGGCCAGUGGCCACAGAUACUGAUUUUCCCAGAAGGCACCUGCACAAACCGAUCUUGCCUGAUCACAUUUAAACAAGGUGCCUUUGUUUCACGAGUGCCUGUACAACCUGUGUUGCUCCGGUACCCCAACAAGCUGGAUACUGUGACCUGGACAUGGCAGGGCUAUUCAUUUAAAGUGCUGUGCUUACUGACAAUGUGUCAGCUCUUCACAAGAGUAGAAGUUGAGUUUCUGCCUGUUCACGUUCCUACUGAGGAAGAAAAGAACGAUCCCAUUCUUUUUGCCUACAGAGUCCGACAAACCAUGGCAACUGCUUUGAAUGUGCCAGUCACUGAUCACACUUUUGAAGAUUGCAGACUGAUGAUUUCAGCAGGACAGCUGACUUUACCCAUGGAAGCUGGACUGGUGGAGUUCACCAAAAUUAGCAAGAAACUCAACCUAAAAUGGAAUCAUGUCAGAGAGCAGUUGGAUACUUUUGCUGCUAUUGCAAGUGCUUCCAAAGGGGGAAGAAUUGGAAUUGAGGAGUUUGCAGACUACUUGAAGCUGCCUAUUUCAGAUGUCCUCAAAGAGCUGUUUCUACUCUUUGACAGGAACGGAGAUGGCAGCAUCGACUUCAGAGAAUAUGUAAUUGGUUUGUCUAUUCUUUGUAACCCAGCCAACACAGAAGAGACUAUUCAGAUGGCAUUUAAGCUCUUUGACAUGGAUGACGAUGGCACUAUAACAGAAAAGGAGUUUGCAUCUAUCAUUCAGUCAGCACUGGGGGUGCCUGAGCUUGAUGUUUCUAUGCUCUUUAAAGAAAUAGAUGCAGAUGAAACCGGGAAGUUGUCCUAUGAUGAGUUCAAGAACUUUGCAUUCAAGCAUCCCGAAUAUGCCUCGUUGUUUACUACGUACCUCGAUCUGCAGAGACACCAGGUAGAUCUGUCGGAUGAGCAGGACACUGAGUCACUCAAAUGCAAACACAGCCCCGUCAAGAGCACAACCCUGGUCUCAGAAAUAACACCAGUUGCAAGAAAUAAAGUCUGUCCUGAAGGCAAUGAAGAGGAUAGCUCAAGUACCUCUGACAAAAAGGAGGACUGAGAAGCGCUUAAGAAUUCAGCUUCUGAAUUCUACAGGAUUUUUUCCCUAGCUGUUCAUAAGCACAAUUGAUGUAAAAUAGAGAUGGAAGUUACAACUUAAAAAAAAAAAGGUUUCUAUUUUUUACUUUCAUAGCAGGAGGAGUUAUUCCUGUUUGAGUGUAAGGGAAAAACCACUGUUCUGUCCUUAAUGGCAGUAUCACAUCACUGGCCAUGUUGUUCAGUGUCUUCCAAGUUCAUGCUUCCACAAAAGUGACAGGUGUGCUAAGGGGGGUAAGAAACUCCAUCACUGCAGUGGCCUCUCAUAAUAGAGACUGAGAGGUCCACUUGUCUAAAAACAAGUGGAAUUUUUGGUGCUGCUCAAGUCCUCUACAUCCCCAAAGUGACUUAAGGGAAAAAAAUUAUGCCAGAGUGUUUUAAUUUGCAAUAUCCAUUAGCCUUUCUCAAGUUUCUGAGACACACAGAUGAGUUACAGGAAGCUGAGAGCUGAAACUGUUGGCUGUCCUUAGAUUUCCCUUAACUACUUGUGAACCAGCAAACCUAAACUUCUGAACAAGACAUGCUGAUUCACUGAUGUUAACAGAAGCAACUUUAGGCUUAAAGGCUAGGUAAAAGUGGAAAUAGCUCCACUUCUAACAACAGAAAACUAGUUGGAAUUCCAAGAUAGCAGCUUGCAGUCUACAGGAAAAUGCAGACAGUAAGAUCCAAGAAUGAAUGGACUAUUUCAAAAUAAAUAGAAUGUUGUUUACAGUAACAACUGUUCAAGAUCACAGUAGGAGGAACAUUUCAAACUCCAGCAUAUUUUUUAUUCUAGCAAUUAUCAAGAGAGGAAUGUGACCUUGCUCUGCAAAAUGUAAAAGGCAAAUAUGCUGUCAAGCCAUAGUUCUAGUACUUAGUAUCUACUCUAAAGUUGUCUCCUAGAAACCAUGUUUGCAUUACUGUGCCAUUACUCAGUGUGUUCUUAGGGUUUGGUUCAAAACCAAUCUCUUUCUAGUCAAUUAUCUGGGUAUGUUUUGCCUCAGUCCUCUCUAGUGCACUGGAAAUUGGGCCUUUACCUUUUUCCAUCCUUCAUCUGAAUGCACUUUAUACAGUAUUUAAAAUAUAUAGGUACUUAUGCAAAUACUUCUAAAUAAAAAUUUGCAAGAUAUGAAAUGACAAGAUAUUUUCAAAUUAAAACAGAGAUGAGCAAAGCCUAGAGUGUCCAGUACCAGUAAUAACCAGCUUUCAGCAGGUUUUCAUAUAUGAACUGAUAACCUCUGCCUCUAAGUAUUGCUUGCAUUGUCUGGCCAUAAGCUCGUUGCCAUGUUUAAUCUUUCUCUGUUUAUAAUUGUGCCUAUCCUGAUGUUUCAUGUGCUUAAAAUAAAUCUAUAUUUUUUAAAAGA